CUUGCUCCUUAUACAGGAGCAGCUCUGGCUGAAUAUUUUAUGUAUCCUGAACGACACACUUUAAUCAUUUAUGAUGAUCUCUCCAAACAAGCGCAAGCUUAUCGCCAAAUGUCUCCUCUAUUACGAAGACCGCCCGGUCAUGAAGCUUAUCCAGGAGAUGUUUUUUAUUUGCAUUCACACUUUUUGGAAAGAGCCGCUAAAUUAAGUUCUAGUUUAGGUGAAGGAAGUAUGACCGCCUUACCAAUAGUUGAAACUCAAUCGGGAGAUGUUUUGGCUUAUAUUCCUACUAAUGUAAUUUCCAUUACUGAUGGACAAAUCUUCUUAUCCGCUGACCUAUUAAAUUCUGGAAUCAGACUUUCUAUUAAUGUGGGUAUCUCCGUUUCCAGAGUGGGGUCCGCAGCUCAAAUAAAAGCCCUGAAACAAGUAGCUGGUAAAUUAAAAUUAGAACUAGCGCAAUUCGCAGAAUUAGAAGCCUUUGCACAAUUUUCUUCUGAUCUUGAUAAAGCUACUCAAAAUCAAUUGGCAAGAGGUCAACGAUUACGUGAAUUACUUAAACAAUCUCAAUCGGCUCCUCUCACGGUAGCAGAGCAGAUAAUGACUAUUUAUACUGGAACAAACGGCUAUCUUAAUUCAUUAGAAGUUGGAUAGGUAAGGAAAUUUCUUGUUGAGCUAUGUACUUACUUAAAAACUAAUAAACCUCAGUUCCAAGAAAUCAUAUCUCCUACCAAGAAAUUUACCGAGGAAGCAGAAGCUCUUUUGAAAGAAGCUAUUCAGGAAUAAAUGGAACGUUUUAUACUUCAGGAACAAGCAUAAAGAAAUAUUGAUCACCCUUGUCUUAAUCUUAAUAAAAAAAGGAAUUAAGCAUCCUGGAUUCAAAUAUUCAA